UGGCCCACACCGCCUCCCGAACGGCUGCUAAUUAUGUAACCGACAAAGUUCAAUUGAAAACUGUUUAGCUGUUUCGUAGCAAUAGAAUAAUUCAUUAGUUUGCUCAAAUGACAGCAAGUAUUGCAUCAAUAUAUGUUCAGCCGUUUUGAAAUGUGAUUGGCACAAGUUUGGUUCAUAAAAUGUACGAUUCAUUUUCGCCUAUCAUCAUCUAACGUUUGAUAUAAUCUACAAUAAAAUACUAUAAAUAAUUUAAAAUUAAAGGUUUCCUUCGUAAAAACAUAAAAAUUAUUUAAACGAAGCAAACAAACAGCUCUAUCUUUAGAAAAAUAAACAAAUAAUUAAAAGCACCAACAUGAACAUUUAACUAAUAAACAACUCGCUUUUAACCAAAAAAAUGCAUAAAAACGAAGAAGACAGUCGCCCAAGCUCGCGUCGAAAUUCGGCCAGCCUGUCCCGGCGUAACAGUGUGACAGACAAAAAGACAAAUCCGCCAACAUCCAGCCACAGCACGCCGAAGAAAACGCAAAAGACGUUCGACUUUGUUGUUACUGGCAAGCAAAUAUUGAAGAAAAGUGACAGAGCCAGCUCACUACCAGGAACGUGCCAGCGACGUCAGUCAGUCGACUCGUUAAUAAAAACGAAGAGAUUGCUGGACUCACCGAAACGGCUGGCUUCUCAAGCUUCAAGAAGUCGCGACGCAUCUAUAGAUGAUGAAUUGUCUUUGGAAUUGUCGCAAGUAUCAGAUUUUGAAGAUACAAACUCAAAAUACGGAAUCAACAAACAGUUCGCAACAUCUACACCGAAGAAGGUCCACAGACGUCUCAUGCACCACGUGCUGGCAGAGAAAACCAGAUCCGUGGAAUCGCGCGCCAGUAAAGACAGCUCUUCUUUGAGUCGAGACAGUUUCAAGUCUUCGAGCCCCAGCCCAUAUAGGCACGCAGUCAGUACAGAGCUAGAGUUGUCCUCCGGCUCGCCAACCUCAGCGCCAUCUUCUGGCGACAGCGCGCAGGGCUUCGCCCCGGACACACUGAUGUCUUCCAGGAGUCAGGACUUGCAGGACAGCUGCUGUGUUAGCACAUGGCAAGACUCGAAACCAGAAGCGGGCGAGUGGGGCCAGUUCUGGGCUAACUAUAACAACUCCCUUGCGCGGGUCCCAGUCAGUCGAUACUACGAUCAAUGCCCCACGCCGUAUCGCACAGAAGAUAUCGAGAUGGGAGAUUUUGAAUUCCUAAGCGAAGGUGUCCAACGUUCACCCGAGAAUAUAAAUAACAUAAACAACAUCAUAAGAAACGAAGGACUCCACCUAACGCCGCGUGAGACCCAAAACAUCAUAAAAUGCGCACACAUACUAGGCAACGUUCUCACAAAAGCUAUAGAAAGACAGUCUAAAGAAACGGUCGUCGAGAAAAAAGUCGAAGAAGUGAACAUAGAAGCCGACCCAGAAAAGGAGAUAAAGAAGAAAUCGAUGUCUCUGAAUUUGAAAGAGACAGUGCUACCGCUGGAGGUGAAGGAGGAAAAGAGAUGGGAGUCGGUGCCGACGCAAACUGACAUUUCGUUGCCGAACACGAAAAGCGCGCCAAAAAUAUUCGAAAAGAUUCUACGGCAGCUGUCAAAGUCGUCGCUCGAAGAUGAUAAGAAAAUUUUGGAAAAUCCAGACGAGAGUCAGGAAAAGGAUCUAGCUCAAAACGAGUCUUAAAAUGCAUUGUUUCUCCAUGGAUAAUAAAAAAUCUAUACUUAUAAGUAUUGUAAAACAGAAGAGUUUGUUUGUUUGAUUGAACGCGAUAAUCUUAGUAACUACUGGUCCGAUUAAAAGAACCCUUUCCGUGUUAGGCAGCCCAUUUAUUGAGAGAGGAUAUAUAUGUUAUAUGUACCACAGGCGAAGUCGGGGUAAUGUAUACUACGCAAAAGAAAGUAAACGUCUCUAUAUUUUAAGUUUAAAUUUUAAGUAUUUAAUUAAAAAUAUAAAAUUCAUACAAACAUGACUCUUAUUCGGUAUACAUCUAUGUAAAGUUUCCCAAAUGUUGUGUACUCACAACUGGUCUUUAUAUUAUUUUGGUAGUCUAUGCUAUAGUUAAAAUAAAUUAAAUGAAUGUUUAUGCGUGUGAAAAUAACUACACUUCCCUAAGUCCUUUAUAAGUUAAGUGAAUAUUAAACAGUUUCGUUUUAAAAAUUAAGUAAUUUAUGAACAUUUCAAUAUACGUAAUGUCCCGAUUCGUGAUUGAUCCCAAUGUUACCUGAUAUUGUAUGUUCUAAACUA